AUGGCGUCCACGUCGAGGGCUCUGAGCAAGCUCGCGGUCCCCCCCGGUGCCGUGUUGCUGCAACAAUCGCGGGCUGCCCCUCGAUUGCUACUCCAGACAUCUCGCCGGACUGUUGGCGCAAGGCCCGUUUUUGGCAGCACACAAGGGCCCGUCUCGCGGCACUUCCGCCGCGGCGUUUCCAACGAUGCCGCCCCCGUCCCGCCGCCCAAGAAGUCACGGUUCCGGGUCUUAAGAUGGGCUUGGCGACUCGGAUAUCUUUCGGCCAUAGCCGGCAUCGGCUACAUCGGCUACGGCGUGUACGAGGAUAGGCAUCCGGAGGACCAAAUCGUGCCUGACCCGUCCAAGAAGACCCUCGUCAUCCUUGGGACCGGGUGGGGCUCCGUCUCGCUGCUCAAGCGUCUCGACACCGAAAACUACAACGUCAUUGUGAUUUCGCCGCGCAACUACUUCCUCUUUACCCCCCUCCUUCCGUCAUGCACAACCGGUACCAUCGAGCACCGCUCCAUCAUGGAGCCGAUAAGGACCAUCCUCCGCCAGAAGAAGGCGAGCGUCCGGUUCUACGAGGCCGAGGCCAGCUCUAUCGACCCCGACCGCAAGGUGGUGCGCAUCUUUGACAACUCGGAGAUCAGGGGCGACAUCACCGAGACCGAGGUACCAUACGACAUGCUGGUGAUCGGCGUGGGCGCCGAGAACGCGACGUUCGGCAUCCCCGGCGUGCGCGACCACUCGUGCUUCCUGAAGGAGAUUGGCGACGCCCAGCGGAUCCGCAAGAGGAUCAUGGACUGUGUCGAGACGGCAGCCUUCAAGGAUCAGUCGCCCGAGGAGAUCAACCGUCUCCUGCACAUGGUCGUGGUCGGCGGUGGCCCGACCGGUGUCGAGUUUGCCGGCGAGCUGCAGGACUUCUUCGAGGAGGACAUCAAGAAGCUGGUCCCCGAGAUCGCGGAUCGCUUCCGCGUGACGCUGAUCGAGGCCCUCCCUAACGUCCUGCCCAUGUUCUCCAAGCAGCUGAUCGACUACACCGAGAGCACUUUCAAGGAGGAGAAGAUCGACAUCCACACCAAGACCAUGGUCAAGAAGGUGACGGACAAGACGGUCGAGGCCGAGGUGACGCGCCCCGACGGCAAGAAGGAGACCAUCGUCUUCCCCUAUGGCCUGCUCGUCUGGGCGACGGGCAACGCCGUGCGCCCCGUGAUCAAGGACCUGAUCUCGCGCAUCCCCGCGCAGGCCAACUCGCGGCGCGGCCUCGCCGUGAACGAGUACCUCGUCGUGCAGGGCACGCGCGACAUCUGGGCGGUGGGCGACUGCGCGGUGGCCGGGUACGCGCCCACGGCGCAGGUGGCCGGGCAGGAGGGCACCUUCCUGGCGCGGCUGUUCAACAACAUGGCUAUGACGGAGGCGCUCGAGGGCAAGAUCAGCGAGCUCAGUUCGUCGCUGAACCUGCAGCCGGGCAACGCGGCGGCCGUCUCGCGCGAGAUCGAGAGCUACGAGCGCCAGCUGCGCCGCAUCAAGGACGCCAAGCCCUUCCACUACAGCCACCAGGGCAGCCUCGCCUACAUCGGCAGCGACAAGGCCGUGGCCGACGUCACCUGGUUCAACGGCAACGUCGCCGCCGCCGGCAGCCUGACCUACCUCUUCUGGCGCAGCGCCUACAUCAGCAUGUGCUUCAGCACCCGGAACCGUCUGUUGGUGAUCAAUGACUGGCUCAAGUCCAAGGUGUUUGGCCGCGAUCUUUCGCGCGAGUAA